AUGGACAGCCAUGCAGGCCUUGAUUUAGCUCCUUCACGCUCCGGCACGAUCAAGCUACUGGAUUUAGGCUCCGACUUGACGGCACGGCAACGACUGGCCAUCCGUGCCUACGUUUUGUUCGACGUGCUGCUCACGGGCAUCGAAGCGCCCCCCCAGCCGCUGACGCGUUUCCUCAGUCGCCUAGCGCAGCCGGAGGGCAUUAUGUUGUACAUACCAAAGACCUACUUUACCGAGUCGGAACAAGAGGAGCUGAACUACGAUGAGAGGGGUGGCAUCCAUUCUCAGCCACAGAGUCGACAGCAUCAGCAGCUGGUGGCAGGCUUUCUCAUCCCAAGAGCGCUCUUGGGUGGUCUCUUUGCCAGUUGGGUGCGGACCAUGGACAGCGAUGCCAGCGUGGGCGCCGAACGCGGCAAGAGGAACAUCCAGACCUUGGGCGCGCUCAUCUACCUGGGCUGCCAGAAGAAGUACGAGUUGAUCGGAAGCGUCCACGACAUCCCUGGGUUGUCGAGCGCCACUAGCGAUCGACUCACCCAAUUCGGCUUGGACAAGCGGCUGGUUGCGGAAGUCGCGGAGCUCAUUGAGAAGUUGGUGGUCUUCUUUACGCAACCAGACGCUCAAGUCUCCAUGGUGGAGCGCGUCCAGUCGAACCCCUUCGUGGCGGGGAACAUCAAAGUGGCUCCGCGCGACCAUCAUGGCGAAGGUGCCGAGCCCGCCGUGGUGGCGGACGAGGCGGCAGACACGCCGGUGAGUCCGUUUGGGAGCUCAGCAUCGUGGACAAGAUCCGCUCCAUGA